UUUUUUUGAGUUUUUUGGGUUUUUUUUUUGUCUCCUAUGCCCCCCCCCUUUUCCCUGCCCCCCCCAGUUUGCCCGCCAUGGGGGAGCCGGGGGAGGAGACGGUGCUGCUGGUGGAACAUCGUUACGUCUGCUCCGAGUGCAACCACCUCUCGGCUUCCCUGGAGGACGCCCUCCUCCACCAGCAGCACCACCUGGGCCCCCCCCAGCACCAGCAGCACCCCCAGCACCUGGAACUGGUGGGACUGGGAGGCGAUUACCAAGCUUUAGCCGUCCCCGAGAGCAGCCAGUACCAAUGUUUGGAGUGUGGGCAGUUACUGGUGUCGCCGGGGCAGCUUUUGGAACAUCAGGAGAUGCACAUCAAGAUGUUGGGGCAGGACUCGGAGCCUCCCCCAUCUUCUCUUCCUCCUCUUCCUCCUCCUCCUUCUUCUUCUUCCACCCUCAAACCCAGCUCCGGGCAGAUCCACUACGAGUGUUUGGAGUGUAAAGCUCUUUUUAACAGCCAAGAAGUUUGGUUAAACCAUCGACAAAGCCACCGACUGCCCCAAAAUCCACCUUCUUCUCAACCCCACAACCAGGCGCUGGUGGAUCUGGAACAUUCCUACCGCAAACCGGGCGAGGAAGAGGAGGGAGAGGAGCAAGAAGGAGGCAACGUGGGGACAACGGAGAGUGGUGAAGGUGGGGAGGAGACGGUGCAGCUUCUCCUCUACGAAUGUGGGGAAUGUCUCCAGCUUUUCCAAACCCCCAAAGAUUUCCUGGAGCAUCAGGCGGCUCAUUUAACGCCCCCCGUUAACGGUAACGAAGCGGCGGCGGCCGCCGAUCACAGCUACGAGCUGAAAGAAGAGACAGAGGAGGUGACAACCACCACCGUGAAGAAACGAACCAGAAGCAUCAAGAAUAUUUUGGGACUCCAGCUCCACCUCCGCUCGCACCGUUUGGGGGCUUUUCACUGCCCCCUCUGCAGUAAAGUUUUCCCCGCCCCCCCCAGCCUCCAACAACAUUUAGGGGGGGGUCACAGCGGGGAAUCCCACUUCCUCUGCCUGGAUUGUGGUUUGGCUUUCGACACCGAGCCCGUCCUCCUGGCCCAUCGCCGCACCCACUCCCCCAACCCCCUGCACCGCUGCCCCUGCGGCAAAUCCUUCCUCAACAUGACCAAAUUCCUCUACCACCGCCGCACCCACGCCCUCCCCACCAGUCUUCACGGUGGGGUUGGUGACCCCCAGAAGCUUCAUGAUGGGGUUGGUGACCCCCAGAGGCUUCACGCUGGGCCUGGUGACCCCCAAAGGCUUCACGCUGGGCCUGGUGACCCCCAAAGGCUUCACGCUGGGCCCGGUGACCCCCCGAGGCUUCACGCUGGGCCCGGUGACCCCCAGAGGAUUCACGAUGGGGCUGGUGACCCCCCAAGUGUCUCAUCAUCACCCCACAUCAUCCCAACGCCACCAGUUGCCCCCUCCCACCGCCGCCCCCCGAAAAGCUUCGAGUGCGGGGAUUGCAAGAAACUUUUCAGCACCGAGACGUCCCUCCACGUCCACCGGAGGAUCCACACGGGGGAAAGGCCUUAUCCCUGCCCGGAAUGUGGGAAAGCUUUCCGGCAAUCCACCCACCUCAAGGAUCACCGGCGGCUCCACACGGGGGAGAGGCCCUUCCGCUGCCCCGACUGCGGCAAAGCCUUCGCCAUCGCGGUGCGUUUGGCCGAGCACCGGCGCAUCCACACCGGGGAG